AUGGCCCCAUGGAGCCGAGAGGCGGUGCUCAGUCUGUACCGGGCCCUGCUGCGCCAGGGUCGAGAGCUUCGCUACACUGAUCGAGACUUCUAUCUUGCCUCCAUCCGCCGUGAGUUCCGGAAAAACCAGAAGCUAGAGGAUCCUGAGGCCCGGGAGAGGCAGCUGGAAAAGGGCCUGGUCUUCCUCCACAGCAAAUUGGGGGGGAUUAUUUAGGAUCCCCUCCUUUCCCCUCUCCUCCUAAUUCCAAGGGAAAGAGUUCAAAGGUGUCUUCGUAGACACUCCUGCUCUUUCCCAUCCCUACCUCACAGAUGCAGUAAGCAGUCUCAGGUAGGUAGACACUUAAUCCUGUAGGUUUCUUUCUUUCUUUUUCUUUUUUCUUUUUGAUGCAGGGGACCAGGAGAGGGGACAGUUUCUUUUCAGUGACCAUAGUCUUUCAGUCAUUAGAAAUCAAUGGAGGAAUUAGAGACAUUAAUAGAAGUAGGUUUCCUUAUUGAGAAAAAAUAGGCCUUGCGUUUCAAGGCCCGCCAGAAUAAAAUUAUUAUCACCAUUUUAUUUCCUGGAACAUUUUACUUCUGAAAAUGUUACAGAAGAUACUGGUUGAAAGUAUUAGAGCUCAGUUCCAGGCCGGCUCGCUCUCAGUGGAUUCUGUUACCUUAUGGGUCAGAUCACAUUCCCCAGACGUGACUAUAUUCUGUUACAACACGGCCUACAAAGCAAGCAUAGUGUGUGUGGACUUCAAGGGACCGUGUCUGGGUUCAGAUCCCGGCUCUGGUGCUAAUAGCUGUGGGACUUAGGGCAAAUCACUAGACUUUUCCGAGCUCCCAUCUCAUUUAUAAUGGAGAGAACAGUACCUACUGUGUGCAGUCAUUUUGAGGAUCCAGUGAGACUGCGUACACACAGCGCUUGGAAUGGUGCUUAGCAGGUGGUAGGUUAGCUCUGUUUCCUCCUGAUACCAGUGUUACCAAGAAGUCCCUCUAUAACCUAGUGAUGAUAUUUAGUUCGGCAACUUUUCCAGAGGGCCUUCUAUGGCCCUGGCAUGUUCGGCAGGCUCUGGGAUAAAGGUGAACGAUACGGUUCAUCAAGGGACUCGGUCUGAUGUGGAGAUGAACGGAAAGUAAUUCCAGGGGGAGCAACUCUGCCGGAGGGUCACAUAAAGAGCUUGGAGAUGGGGACGAGGACGUAAUUCUGCCUGGGGAGGGAGGUGGUAGGGGGGGUCAUAGGUGGCUAUAGAAAAGGGCCGCCUCAAAUGAGAAAUAGAAGCUUGCCAUGCAGACGGCCAAGAACGGCCAAAUACGGCGGUGGGAACGGUAGUCUGGGAACUUGAGUCUGCUGUGGCGGGCACGGCCCGCCUGUGAGGCGAGUGGCGGGUGUUGAGGCCGGGCCGAGUCUGCAAGGAGACUGGCCCCCCGGUGAAGAGAUUGCGACAUCCGAUAGGAGGGGGACGGUCACAGCUCUGGAAAGCAGGGGAAUGGCACAGAAGAGGGAUCGUGGCGGUGGCCGUGUGGAGAACAAGCUGCUGACGACAGAGCGGAGGCAGCAAGUCCGGCCGGACGACCCUGAGCGACUGGGGUGGUGGGGCAGCUGCGCUUCCGUAGUGUGCGCGGCAGCGGGGCUCGGUGGCCAGUUGGCUGAGGCUGGAGGCGGAGAGAGAAAAACGAAGGAUAACUGGGGUAUAAGGCUUGCCGACUGGGCGAGGGUGCUGUUUUCCACAGAGGGGGGAAGUGGCCGGGGGGAGCGGGGAGCCUUAGGUAACGGCUUUCGGUUCUCCUCGGCCACUUAGGUUGACUGCAGACUCGCCUUCGGCAGGGGAGGCCCAGGGGAGGGUUGAUGCCCGCGGGAGCCUGCCUGCGCCGGGAAGGGUAGCGGAUCCGAAGGAGAAAUCAUUACUGAGUCUCUGUCCAUCUGUUUUCCCUGUGAGUUGGGUUACAGAUGGCCUUCACCACCUCCUCAAAAAACCAGAAAUCCGCCCCCCCCCCCAUAGGGUUAACGGCUCAUUUGUGCCACAGAUACGAUCUAUGUGUCGAACAGCGCUGGCCCUGGGGACUUGGCAGUGAAUGUGCCAAAAUGCCUCCAAGAAGGUUAAGGUCUUCUGGCUCAUAAGAUGUGAACGAGGCGGGGUGGCAGGCCUUAGGACUCCUCCGCACUACUCUCUGGCAGACGAGCUCUGGGUUCGGAUCCUGGCCGCGCAGCUUACCGACACGAUAACCUUGGGCCAGUGACUUAACCUCUGCCUCCGCUUCUUCAUCUGUAUGUUGGAGGUAACACCGGGACCCCCUGGUGGCGGCGUAAGGAUUCGGGAAUUAACACGUGUAACGUGCCCGGCACGUGACUCAGCGCGUGUCAGUUGGCCUCGUGUGCGCUCGAGCCAGACAUGUUGAAGUCCUGUGGCUUUCUCAAGUAAGAGAAGUUGAAAUUUUCACGGUUCUGUGCGGUCUGCCUCCGAAGCUGCAGGGCCACCGUUACGCCUCAUCCCCGCUCCAUCGGGGCAAUGAGUAUGUCCGUUCCCGUUUUUGUGCCUGGGGCGACAGGUUAAAUAACUGGCCCGGAAAUGUCACCGGCGCUGAGACCUUCCAUCCCCAGCCCUGCCUGCCAUGUCAGUGCUCCUCUUCCUUCUUUGUCCUCUUCUUUUUAAAAAACGUUUUCAUUAGUUUUUAGUGUAGAGCUCAGUAGCAGUAAGAAUAUUCACACCGUUGAGGCACUCACGGGGCUCAGUUGGUUAAGCAUCUGACUCUUGAUCUCAGCUCCGGUCACGGUCUCGCGGUUCCUGGGAUCAGGCCUCACGUCGGGCUCCGUGCUGACUGUGUGG